AUGCUCGCCUCUCUGCUUCGACCGAAGAAGCGACGCGAAUACGCGCAAAGCUCUCUCUUUCCGUCACCCUACCCUGCCGAUGAGUCGCGGUGGCGCUUGCUUGAUGAAACCGCACGCGGAGGUCAAAAACCUGGGUAUGGUGAACUUGGUGGAAACGAAAGGGGUGAAGAAGAUACCGAGGAUGAGAGCAUAGAAGACGAGGAUGCCGAUGCAGAAGAUGAGGACGCUCCCAUCGAGUCAACACCCCUUCUUCCAAUUUUCUCGGCCCCUCACUUAGAUAUCCUUCCGGUCUACGACGUUACACAUGCUAUCCGAUCCUUGAUCAUCUCGCGGUGCGAAACCACCCUUACCUGGGACCAGCUCCGAUCACCUCAGAUUUCGCAAUUCUUGGUAAAGCCAAUUCAACAGAAAAUCAAAGCCUCGCACUUUUCAAGAGCUACGCUAUAUGCAUUGAUGACGAAUUGCCUUCAAUUCGACAGGGAAGUUCAUUUGAACCCAGGAAACAGCGGAACCAACCACACUCGUGCGAUGGUGAGCGAGCUUCUGGCGAUAAAGCUCCUCAGAGACUACACAACCCGCGAAUUGAUCGACGCUCUCUCCUAUGACUUCUAUCCGCUUCAAGGGCAAAAGUUGGAGGGAAACGGCAACAAUCAACGAGCGCCGGGCUGGACCUCUACAGGCGGGGGUAAGCGGCUGCCAGCAGUCGCUCGAAUCUCAUGUCUUGAGAUAGCUAUCCGUGCUCAAGCGAAACGGUUUCUAUCUCAUCCGCUUGUGGUCAAGCAGCUGGAGGCAAUCUGGGCUGGGACUAUUGUAUUUCACUCCGCCGCGGACAAUCUCCAUCGCCUCAAUCCGCCAACCCGAGCGGGCAAGAGUUCGACCUCCUACGGCGCCACUUCGAGCAGUGGUGCUCCAGACAAGAAAACUUGGACCGAUACAUCUAAGUUGCGGCGAUCAGUGACGCUUUAUGACCCCCGCUAUGCCUCUCUAUUCAAGCUCUCUCGGCUCCGAGUUCCUCGAUACCGGCAGUUUCUCUCCACAUUGUCCUUUGCGGUUCUGCUCGGCUUGUUUCUCGCUGUUCUACAAGAAAGGAGCAUCGAGAUCACCUCGUUGGAAGUAGUGUUCUGGUUUUGGAGCGCGGGCUUUAUGCUUGAUGAGAUCGUUGGCUUCAAUGAGCAAGGCUUUAGCCUCUAUCUCAUGAGCUUCUGGAAUAUCUUUGAUCUCGGAAUUCUCAUUCUUUUAUUUUGCUACUACUGCAUGCGUCUAUACGGCGCUUUUAUGCCGUACACUCAUAAGCCGGCUGUUGCGCAAAAAGCCUACGAUGUUCUGGCAGCGAAUGCAGUCUUGCUGUUUCCGCGACUAUUUUCGAUACUGGAUCACUACCGCUACUUCUCGCAACUGCUGAUUGCGUUUCGCAUAAUGGCGUCGGAUCUGGUUGCGGUGUUUGUACUAAUCAUCGUUGCGUGCAGCGGAUUCUUCGUCGCAUUUACUCUGUCUUUCAGCAACGGCCAGGAUCAAUCACCUGGAUCCGUAGCGUAUGCGCUUUUCCAAAUGCUCAUGGGCUUCACUCCGGCUGCAUGGACUCUCUGGGACGAGUAUAAUUUUCUCGGCAGGGCUAUCUUGACAAUGUUCCUCUUCAUUUGUCAUUUUGUUGUUGUCACUAUACUAAUUACUGUUUUGACAAACUCCUUCAUGAGAAUCGUGCAAAACGCCAAUCAAGAACAUCAGUUUCUGUUCGCUGUCAACACAAUCUCGAUGGUCAAGUCUGAUGCACUCUUCUCAUACGUGGCGCCGACAAACAUUUUUGCUUGGUUGAUCACCCCACUUCGCUACUUGAUCUCCUUCAGGCAGUAUGUGCGAAUCAACCGCACUAUUAUCAAGAUCACACAUAUGCCCAUAUUGUUUACUAUCUGCGCCUAUGAAAAGACGAUUCUCAGCCCGCAAAUGAUUGAAUCGACUGACCUCAUUGAUUCUCCCUUAAGGUCUGAAUUCGGAGGAGAAACUCGUGCUCGCCAUCGACUCAGGGCUUUGAGUUCCCGCGCUCCUCGUUUCGUACGGGAGCCGUCAGUGGCAACUUUUCAGAAAGACCGCGCUCUGGAAGAAGUGUUUCGGCAGCCGUUCCGUAACAGUAAGCAUCGAAGCCCUGUUAGAGACAUCCAAAGAAAGAGCAAUCAUCUCGUGAACAACUGGAUGCAAGAUAUGGGCUCUGGACCAGUCAACCCACCAGAUGAGCAAGACUCGGAUGAAGUUGAUCGACUGGAGCGAAUGCCGAAAGGACGUUUUCUUCCCCGGCGUGGACGGGCGCGAAGUCUUCGUAACUUUACCGACUCCAUCGCGUCCAAUCCUGAAGAGCAUAUACCCCAUGCUAUAUCGUCUCCUGCAACACCCCGUGAUGUGAGAGAUUUCAUGCCAGCAAGGGCCAGACGACUCUCUCGUCAUACAGACAUAGAGGGAGACAAUGAACUUACCAGCGAUGAUAACGGAAACUGGAAUGAGCGACAGUCAGACGCCAAGGACUCGGAUGCACAGUCAAAAACUAGCAACGAAGGUAUGGGUAAAACGAUACCGAAAUUCUACAGCUCGCGUCCAUCUACAGCGAAACGCAAAUCCCGCAAGAACAGUCCAGCUCGGUUUGUCCGUCACCAUUCGCGGAACCCCUCCGGAGCUACAAUCCUGUACAACCCGGUGACAUCGAGCCACGGCGACCAAAGCGACAGCGUUUCGGACGUCGGCCAACCGAUUUCUAGGAUGAUCCCCGGUCAGCAAUUCCCCACGGCUUCAGCUCAUCGGAAUACUUUGGAAAGAAGGCAUAGCAUGGAUGCUGGCAAGACGCUCCUCAACACAAACAUGUUCAGAAGUAAUCAAUUGUCGGUGCCGAACGUUGGAAACUUCAUCGCGCCAGGUCACGGAUCAUGGCACCAUGACGCAUCUGUGCUCGAAGGUUUAGGCUCGGACCUGGGAGAUGGCAAGGCAAUCGCUAACGGAUUCAUGGGAGGUGCCCCUUCAAGCUUCACUACACAGAUGGCCUACGCCGCAGGAGGUAUCCGACGCAGGGGUGAGCCGCACGGAAACCAAGAUAUGCUCAGCAAGCUCGUUUUGGCGCGGAUGAACAACAUCGAGGAAGGGUUCCGGGAGGUAAUCAAGGAGGUUAAAGACUUGCGCUCCAGCCGUAGCCACAGCCGGCCGGACGAGCAGCGCAGCGAUCAGCGAGAGAAAUACCGAGCAGACAAGAAAAAGAAACGCCCGGUAUCUCGCAGGGGCAAAACUAGCGAUGGAACCCGUUCCGCUGGACCUACUGUGGCAUCUUCCAAGAAGAAUUCCGAUACAGAGGAUGAAUAA